UGAUAAUUGACCCCUUAGCUGGUAGGGCACAAGGUAUCUUCAGACGGCAUGAAAUCAGACGCACGGUGAAUGCGUCCUGAAGCUGGUCUCUGCGGCGCGUUCGCUCCUUCUUCAUUAGCCUGACUACUGCUCAGAUCCACCUUGCGAUCAUCCUUCGAGCGUCGGGCGACACAAGCGCACCAAAAUGGAGCGUGUGACGUAUCAGCUGGAGCGCUCGCUCCCAUCGCUGGACUUGCUCGCGACGUCCGGUGUCUUUACGCGGGAGGAACUGCGUGCUUUGACGUCUCAGAGGCAGCAGUAUGAGUCCAACCUCGUUCGCAGAGUGGCGCUGUGGGAGGACUUUAAGGCCUACCUCGAUUUCGAAGAGAGAACGGAGAAGCUGAGACUACUCAGAUGCAGAACCCUGGACUUGCCAAAGGCGGUGCUCUCACAGUUCAAGUCAGCCAGCACGGCCCGGACGAUUUCGAUCUACGAGCGAGCCGUGCGAAAAUUUAAAUCGCAAGUGCACGUAUGGAUCGAUUAUAUCCAAUGGGCUAAAUCGAACGGCAUGCGCGUCGUCCUCGGGCGCGUCCUCGGGCGCGGUCUCGCCUUGCACCCACAGAACACGCGUCUGUGGAUCCUCGCGGCGGACCACGAGCUCAAUGCAAAUGGCGCGCCGACGGCCGCGCGUGCGCUGCUGCAGCGUGCGCUGCGCAUCAAUCGUCCGGUCCAACAUGAUGCGGCGCGAGCAGGAGGCGAUCGCAAGAAGCGCGAGCGCCACCUGCUCAGCUCGCAGGAUGGAGACAGGCCGAGCAAAAAGAGCAAGUUGAAUGGAGCGGUCGUCUCCUCGUCAAGGCAGGGUCGGAAGGAUGACUCCGCGUCUCUCUUCGUUCCGCCAGGCUCUAAAGAACGCGACUAUCUCGACUUGGCUCUCGAAUACGUCAGGAUGGAGCUCGUGUUCAUGGAGCGUCUGCGGCGGCGCUGGGCCAUCCUUGGCAUCAGUGCAGAGGGCGCGUCUGAUGAGCUGGCAUCCAAGGCCGCAGCAGCAGACGCGAUGGAGCGGAACGGCGAGGAGGAAGACGCGGAUAUGCAAGAACAGGCUUUUGAGGCCGCGCAAGCGCUCAAUGACGCUGGCAAAGACGACGACGAGGGCGACGCCGAAGGAAGUGGCCAAGAGCUAAGCGCAACAGCGAAGGCGACGGCGGCAUCAAAGCCGCAACCGGAUAGCUCAGUGUCUGCUGCCCAGAAAGUGGUAGAUGCCUCCAAAGCCAGUGCCGCGGCGCAGCUGCCCGUUCUGCAAGGGGCUAUCAUCCGUCUUGCCGUCCGCUCGGCUGUGGACAACCUGCCGCAACGAUAUCGCUUCAUCUACCUCGUAGCAGUUCGAAUGCUCCUUGCAAGCUUCCCCUUUGCGGACGGACACGCCAAGCAAGGAAGUGGCCAGAAGCUCCGAAAUGAGUUGGUUGAGGACGUGCAUGCGCAUCUACGCACUCAUUUCCCGCAUGUGGCGCAUGCAUCGUUCGUGCUUGGCUCAGCCCCCAUCAGCGCAAACGUCCAGCUCUGGCCUUCGUCCGAGGAAUUGGCCAGCGAGAUGGAGACGAACGAAUCACUCAAAGCUGCAAGCACCUUGCAGAUGGAUGGUAGUGACAUUGAACGCGCGGUUGCUGCAAGCACGCAGCAGUCCGAGACGCAGCGUCUUCUCGUCUUGAACCUCAUGAAUGAUGUCCUUGCACGGCAAGACAUGGAGGACGAGACACUGCCGAAGGACGUCAUUUCCGCCUUCAAACACUAUGCAGAGGCAGUGCAAUCACUCACAGCUGCCGAUGCAGUUUCCUCAGUCGCCGAUGUUUCGACGGUCGCAGAAGCCUCAAAACUUGCAGAACUAGAGACGCACUUCUUGCAAGCUCUGCGAGCGACGUGGGCUGCGCAGGAGGGGCCCGAGUUGCGCGCUCUUGUCGACGCGCUUUCGGAACAGGUGUACAUAUCGGCCAAGAAGAGCAAGUAUCUUAGCUUCCCUGUCGCCGAGAUGCACUUCGCCCAUGCGCAAGUGGAUGAAAGAGAUGACGCUGCUGAAGCUCAGCGGAUCCGCAAAGCUAUCAAGACCUGCUCGUACACCGCCGAGAAGCUUGGGAGCAACUCAGUCGCUACGUCCGACUCAGCCGCACGCUUAUGGUGCCUUUCGCUCGACUGCGCCAAGCGCCGCUUGGUACAGCGCGCAGAGCCUGAUGCCAAGGAUGAGCUCUUGCGCGAACACCUUCUCGCCGUCGCUGCAGCGCCAGAGUCAACCGCGCUGUGGCAACGCACCAUCGACUUGGUUUCGCGCGAGCUGGCGCUGCGCGACAAGAAGGCAGAUCGCUGGGUGUGGGCUUCAUUCGAUACCUUGGUCGACAACUCGCGUCGGUCCGUACAGACAUGCACCGACCCAGAGGCGCGCGAAGUGCGUCAGGCGAUACACGACAGCGUGCUUUCGGCUGUCUUUGGCAUUGCCGCCCGCUUGGAAGAUGCGCGGUCGGCCAAGACCGCAGAGCGUGCAAUGGAUGCGGCCCGCGCGAUCGUCAUGAAGGAUAGCGUCGCGAGCGCUGGCUUCUGGCUCAAGCUGUGCGAGCUUCACGCCGCGCGAUAUCGCUCGCUGGCUGGCCAGCACAAGCAUCGCGGUCACAGCGAGCGAGCGCCGGCGUACUGGCAAGCGAAGCAGGGCGACGCAGACAGUUCUGCGCGCCUAUCGAAGGAAGCAGCCAAGGCGGAUCAGAUCUUCGGCAAGCUGCUUUUCAGCAGUCAUACAACCGACCCAGAAAUUUUCGUGCAAGCACGCAUCACGUGGCUGCAGCAUCUAUUGCGGGAUAGGCAGGAUGUACAGAAGGCUAUGAACGCUCUCGACACGGCUGUCAGAGAUGCCAAGGCUGUAGUUGGGCUGCGAGCCGCAGCUCGUAUCGAAGACGCCUGGAAAGAGAUGUCCGAGGCGUCCCCCGCAACUUUUGAGGCAGCGCACGAUAAGGGGGAUGAAGGGGGAGAUAACGAUGCAGAGCUCGAUGAGGAGUGAGGACCGAGGGUCAUCUAUGUAGCAUAAUAGUCGUCUCGCAGCGAUGCAAGAGGCAGUGAACGCC